ACAAGAUCAUUUAUCACAAUUUCAUCAUCAAAUUGUACAUGGAAAUGAUGGAUUAUCUUCGAUAUGAAGUUUAUGCUCUUGUAACUGCAGAAAAUCGUAAACAGUAAAUUCUUCAAAAAUUGAAACGGAUUGAUUAAUCAAACUUCCAAUUUUUCGCAGCAAAAAGCCAAUCAUCUGUAUAUACGUAUUCGCUUACGACACGCUGCAAUUCCAAUUAUUUUAUCUGGAAUUGCAGAAGAAAUGAAUUCGCUCACGUUUGCGGAAGGGAAAGUCGAAUUGCACACUUCUCCUCAGCUAAUAAGAAGACAUAGAGAGUGAGAGAGAAAGAGCAAUCAAAUCAAUCGAUGGGGUGGAGAGGAGUGCUUGGAUUUGAGUAUGGCAUAGUUCAGGCGCCAUUAGGGCCUGACAUCUCUGGUCCAGAGCUCGUUGCAGCCGUCGCUAACGCCGGCUGUCUUGGUUUUCUCAGAAUUCCUGAUUGGGAAGCUCCAGAUUAUGUGAGGGAGCUGAUAAGGAAAACUAGGGCUUUGACUGAUAAGCCAUUUGGGAUUGCUGUGGUUCUUGCCUUUCCUCAUGAAGAGAACAUAAAGGUCAUACUGGAGGAGAAGGUUGCAGUUCUGCAGGUCUAUUGGGGCGAAUGCUCCCGGGAUCUUGUACUCCGGGCUCAUCAAAAUGGCGUCAAGAUUAUACCUCAAGUUGGGAGCUUCGAAGGGGCAGAGAAAGCAGUGAAUGUGGGUGUUGAUGGGAUCAUGGUUCAAGGGCGUGAAGCUGGGGGGCAUGUCAUUGGUCAGGACGGGUUAAUCGCUUUAUUGCCAAGGGUAGUUGAUCUUGUCCGUGGAUGUGACAUCUCGGUGAUUGCUGCUGGAGGGAUCGUGGACGAGCGUGGUUAUGUAGCUGCUCUUGCAUUGGGAGCGCAUGGUGUUGCACUGGGAACUAGGUUCCUGGCAACGGAAGAGAGCUUUGCUCAUCCUAUCUACAAACGAAAGCUGGUCGAGCUGCAAGAAACUGAGUACACUGAUGUUUUUGGUCGUGCAAGAUGGCCCGAUGCACCUCACCGUGUCCUAAUAGAUCCUUCAUUCGUGGACUGGAGGAACUUUCCGAGUGACCAGAACGAGAGCAAUCAGCCAAUCAUCGGUCGUUCACUCAUACAUGGGGUGGAAAAAGAGAUCCAUCGGUUUGCUGGUACGGUCCCAAAUGCAACGACAACGGGUGAUAUCGAAAGCAUGGUAAUGUACGCCGGGGAAGGUGUCGGCCUCAUCAAGGAGAUUAUACCGGCGAGUCAAGUUAUCGAGAGACUUGUUAAAGGUGCUCAAGUUCUUAUUCAGAAUGAAUUUCCCUCAGAAUAAGGUUUUGGGGAACUAAAUCAAGCAUAAGAUGGAAUGUAAUUAUCUAAUAAGUGAGAUGAAACAUGGCAAUGCUUCUAAGUUCAUGUUUUAUUACUAUGCAUAUGUCCUUUGAAGUUUGACAUGGUUA